CUUCUUUUCCCUCCCCCUGGUCCUCUAUGCUCAGUUCGGUGUGUGUCUCCUCUUUCAAAGGGCACAAGAGUGGGAACAAGUCGUCCAACAAAGCAUGCUACAGUGCAGACAUGACUUGCCCUUCAGACUUCGAGAAAAUUAUCAUAAACUGCGGGGGGGUGCGCCACGAAACCUAUCGCAGUACACUAAAGACAUUACCCGGUACCCGUUUAUACUGCCUUACCGAACCGGAUGCUUUUAGUAACUUCGACUAUGACCCCCAAACUGACGAAUUCUUCUUUGAUCGCCACCCGUUGGUAUUUGCCGUCAUCCUAAACUAUUACCGGACCGGAAAGUUGCACUGUCCCAGCAAUAUAUGCGGUCCUAUGUUUGAAGAGGAAUUGGCGUUUUGGGGGAUCGACGAACUGGACUUUGAGACAUGUUGCUGGUCGCUCUAUAGCCAACACAGGGAUGCGGAGGAGGCAAUGGGGGAAGGUUUUGAUGGUCCAGAAGGUGAACCUCCACCAGAAGAAGACCCUGCGUUAACAGGAGGCGAAGAAGGAGAGGAUCUGAAGAGACUUUGCAUGCAAGAGAAAGAGGAGAGUUGGUGGAGCGUGAAUCAACCCAUAAUUUGGGAACUCUUUGAAGACCCAUAUUCAUCUAAAAAUGCUAAGUAUGUUGCAUUAGUCUCCCUGUGUUUCAUCCUUAUCUCCAUUGCAACAUUCUGUAUGGAGACAUGUGAGGUCUUCAACGUCGUCAUCCCGAUUGUCAAAAACGUGACCGUGGGCAAUGUCACUCAGGAGAAAACCUCCUAUGAGAUUGAACCUGUCGGCUGGCUCAUCUACGUGGAGGGAAUGUGUGUCAUCUGGUUCACCAUCGAAGCCUCGGUGAGAGUGGUCUUCUGCCCCAGCAAAGUCGAGUACUUCAAGUCCUUCCUUAACAAUAUCGACUUUGUCUCCAUCGUGCCCUUCUACCUGGAGCUAGCAUUAGCCGGCGUAGAAAACAAAGUAGCUACGGACAUUCUGGGCAUUCUGCGAGUUAUGCGUUUCGUCCGAAUCCUGAGAGUCUUCAAGCUGACCCGCCACUUCAUAGGCCUCCGAGUACUGAUCCAAACUCUCAGAUCCAGCAUCAGUGAGUUCUUUCUACUCGUCAUCUUCUUAGCCUUAGGGGUGCUCAUCUUUGCCACUUUGAUUUACUAUGCUGAGAGAGUUGGCGCUGCCCCAGAUGAUUACACUGGAAGUGCUCACACAACCUUCACAAACAUUCCAAUUGGGUUCUGGUGGGCUGUGGUGACCAUGACCACAUUAGGCUAUGGAGACAUGUGGCCAGUCACGUGGAGUGGCAAGCUGGUGGGAGCAAUGUGUGCAUUGACUGGUGUGUUGACCAUCGCCAUGCCAGUGCCCGUCAUCGUAAACAAUUUUGGGCUGUAUUAUUCCCUGGCUAUGGCCAAACAGAAGCUGCCCAAGAAGAAGUACAAGCAUACUCCCAGGGCCCCCAUGCCAGGGUCACCGGGGUACUGUAAAACAGACGCCCUUGCUAUAGCCACUGUCUCACCAGAGGGAAUCAUAGGAAACCUGGGUGGGACUGCCGAAUCAGGAGGAGGCCGACCCGUAGCACAAGAAGAGGUUAUUGAAGUCAACAGAGACUCCAAGCAGAAUGGAGAUGCUGCCAACGUAGCCCAGGCUAAUAAAGAAUGCCCAAACAAUGUGCAGGAGAAUAGCCCAGCAGGGGGCGGGGCCGACCGCGAACGCUGCCCGCAUGACCGUGCCUGCUUCCUCCUCAACAGCGGGGAAUUCCGAGCCACCGAUGGAAGCAUGAGGAAAGGUAGGAUUCUGGCCUGCUUUUCUCCGGGCUAUGAGAAAUCCCGCAGUAUGAGCAACAUCUCAGGAAUGACUGGCUCCUACAUUCGCCUCACCCAAAUUGCACCGACCACCAGUCCCCAAUAUGAGGCCCCGGGGCCCCUGCACCGGUGCUGCUCUCCCAUUCCCUCCAUCAGGUAGUUGGAAGAGGAGAGGGAGCUCCUGAUGAUCAGCCAAAAGCAAUACAGACUGACACUCAAGCAAGAGAACUAAGCAUGAUGCAAAUGUAAUGAUGAUACUGAUAAUAGUAAUCGAUAUAUAAAUCAUACGUAAUCACUUGUUUUCGCAGUGUUUAAGUUAGGGGAUGGAAAAGAACAAGGAUGUGCAAAGCACCUGCAAUAGAAAAUGCUUCAGUAGAGUGCUUGAAUUCACAAUACUGAUGAUUAUCGUAAUGCAGUUGCUUCCAGUAUAAUACCUAUAAAUGCAAACUCACAGUGUAUGCACUGUACAAUAUUUAUAUUUUGGACAAUGCUACUGAUGUAAGCCAUGUGUACACUUUGUAAUAUCGAAGCCCUACAUAUGAAGACAGCAUAGAAUAACAGAAUUACACCUUUUCUUAUAGCACAUUUUUAAAAAGUGACUUGUCAGAAAUCAUUUGACAGUCAACACAACACCCAGUUAAAAGUAAUAAAAAAUAUCAUGUACACUUAAGAGUAAGGCCAUAUUUUACAAUGCAGCUCAGGCAACCAGGUUUCAAAGUUAGCAUAUUAUCACUGUUAUUGUGAACUGCUGUGUUUAGGAGCUGCAAGAUUUCAUUGCAGUCUUCCUAUAUCUGAUUAGCUUAAAUGAUAUCACAUAGGUAGCCCACUUUAAGAAAAUACCUUUUUGAAAAAAAGGUAGUGUCAAAAGGAAAAGAAUGUGAAUGCAUUUAUAUGAGGCUUUUUGAAGAGCAAAGGUCCUUACGCCCACCAAAUCUGCCUCCACUGCCAAAGGCCACUCCUUGUGCUUCUGUUGUCUCUUGACACAUAGUGGACUCAGUGAAUUCUUAAUCUGAAGGUUUCAAUGUUUCUUUCAUUAUGAUUGCUGUUUAAAAUGAAAAUGAUUGAUUCCAGUCGUUUCCUGCCAGUUUCUUAGGAAUUCCGAAAAGCAGCUGACUUUCUCAGGCAGCAUGUGGUGAACUUAGAACUUGGGGUAGUGGAAAUCCCUUUUCCAAAUCUUUUCAUUUCACCGGUUAAGUGCUAAAAACUAAAUGAAGACCCAUAGACACUGUGGUUCUCUAGAAGUACUGGAGGCUCCUCAGCUUUUGAUUAACAGUUGCUAUCAGUUGUAGGUUCUACUCUUUGCCUUUUAUCACUUAUUUCACUCCAACUUUCCAUAUCCUAAAGAUGCUGAAAUGUAAAGCUUCUAAAUUUACUAAAUGAAACCACAAAAAGAAAAAUUUGCUAUUUAAU